AUGGAAGUAGCCAGCGAUCUUGAUUAUACAAAAGAUUUGAAAAUAGAAGUAGACAGUGAUUCUGAUCAUACAAAAGAAGAUGAUCCUGAUCCCACAGAAACUUCAUCGAGAUAUACCGAUGUGGAUAAAUUGAAAAUAAUUAUCAGUAUCGUUAAAUUACGACAAUUAUCUUAUAGUUAA